AUGGCCACCUCAACCCCACUCCUCUUGCUUGUAUGCAUCUUGCUACACCUUGCUUCAAACUUGGUUAAUGCCUACUCAACAGAGAAAUACUACCAUACUCCCCAACCCAUCUCAAAGAAUAUUCCCAAGAGUCCUAAGAAAGCAUUCCUCAAUAAGAUAGACUCUUGCUGGCGGGCCAAACCAAAUUGGGCAUCAAAUCGCAAAGCCUUGGCUGAUUGUGCAAUUGGCUUUGGCAAAGAUGCCAUUGGAGGCAAGUAUGGAGCAAUAUAUCUAGUCACAGAUCCCUCUGAUGACCCUGCAAACCCAAAACCAGGCACACUUCGUUAUGGUGCAAUCCAAACAGAGCCCCUUUGGAUCAUUUUUAAAAAGGACAUGGUUAUUACACUCAAGAAUGAGCUUAUAAUGAAUAGCUACAAGACUAUUGAUGGGAGAGGAGCUAAAGUGGAGAUUGCAAAUGGGCCUUGCAUUACAAUACAAGGUGUUAGCCAUGUUAUUAUACAUGGCAUUAGCAUCCAUGAUUGUAAACCAGGCAAGGCUGGCCUUGUGAGGAGUACUCCUGAACAUGUUGGCCAUCGUCAAGGCUCUGAUGGAGAUGCCAUUAGUAUAUUUUCUUCCUCAAAUAUUUGGAUUGAUCAUUGCUUUUUGGCUCGUUGCUUCGAUGGCCUAAUUGAUAUUAUUCAUGCCUCAACUGCCAUUACCAUUUCUAACAAUUACUUUACCCAGCAUGACAAAGUUAUGCUGCUAGGACACAAUGACCAUUACACAGCAGAUAAAAUAAUGACAGUAACAAUAGCCUUUAACCGAUUUGCUACUGGCCUAACAGAAAGGAUGCCAAGGGUAAGAUUUGGUUAUGCCCAUGUGGUCAACAACAAUUACGAUGAGUGGAAAAUGUAUGCUAUAGGCGGCAGUGCUAACCCAACCAUUUUAAGUGAAGGGAACUUUUUUAUGGCUCCAAAUAACCCAAAUGCAAAACAGGUUACCAAGAGGGAAAUGAAGGAAAACUGGAAGAGUUGGAAAUGGAGGUCUUCUAAGGAUUUAUUCCUAAAUGGUGCUUAUUUUGUAGCAUCAGGGUAUGGAAGUUGUGCCCCAAAUUAUUCACCUACUCAAUCUUUUACUGCUGUUCCAGCGUACAUGGUGCCUGCAAUAACUCUCAAUGCAGGUCCCUUGAGUUGUUUUGUUGGGAUAGCAUGUUAG